GAGGGGGACAGGCUGAGUGAUGAGGACUUGUAUAAGUUCCUAGCCGAUAUGAGAAGGCCUUCUUCAGUGCUGAGGAGACUCAGGCCCAUCACAGCCCAGUUGAAGUUGGACAUUUCUCCCGCUCCAGAGAAUCCCCACUAUUGUUUGACGCCUGACCUUCUGCAAGUUAAACCUUACCCAGACAGCAGGGUACGCCCCACCAGGGAGAUCCUGGAGUUCCCUGCCAGGGACGUCUAUGUGCCAAACACCACUUACAGGAAUCUGCUGUAUGUAAACCCUCAGAGUCUUAACUUUGCCAACCGCCAAGGCUCUGCCCGCAACAUCACAGUCAAAGUGCAAUUUAUGAAUGGAGAGGACCCAAACAAUGCAAUGCCGGUGAUAUUUGGGAAGUCCAGCUGUGCAGAUUUUGCUAAAGAAGCCUAUACUGCUGUGGUGUACCAUAACAGAUCUCCUGACUUUCAUGAUGAAAUCAAGAUCAAGCUGCCUGCAUCCCUGUCGGACCACCACCACAUUCUCUUUACCUUUUACCACGUCAGCUGCCAGCAGAAGCAGAACACACCACUGGAGACCCCUGUGGGAUACACGUGGAUCCCCAUGCAGCAGAAUGGGCGUCUGCGGACUGGACACUUCUGUCUGCCCGUGUCUCUGGAAAAGCCUCCACAAUCCUACUCUGUUCUCUCACCAGAUGUUCCUCUCCCAGGAAUGAAGUGGGUGGACAACCAUCGAGGAGUAUUUAAUGUGGAAGUGGUGACUGUUUCAACCAUCCACACACAGGACCAGUACCUGGAUAAGUUCUUUGCCUUGGUACACGCCCUGGAUGAGCACAUGUUCCCAGUUAGGAUAGGAGACAUGCGCAUCAUGGAGAACAACCUGGAGGCCGAGCUCAAGUCCAGCAUUGCGGCGCUCAACUCUUCCCAGCUGGAGCCAGUGGUCCGAUUCCUUCACCUUCUACUCGACAAGUUGGUGUUGCUUGUUGUGCGGCCACCAGUCAUUGCUGGGCAGAUAGUGAAUCUGGGCCAGGCAUCCUUUGAGGUCAUGGCAUCUAUAGUGAACCGGCUUCAUAAGUACCUGGACACGAGCCAGGACAUGCAUGGCCGCAACGGCCUGCUGUCCUCUUACAUCCACUACGUCUUCCGCUUGCCCAGCACUGAUCCCAACUCACCCUCCCCAGACUCCAACUCAUCCUUAACAGGCCCGGGAGGGUUGGGAGGUUCUGUUCACUAUGCCACCAUGGCUCGCUCAGCUGUUCGACCAGCCAGCCUCAACCUCAACCGUUCCCGUAGCCUUAGCAACAGUAACCCUGACAUCUCCGGUACACCCACCUCUCCUGACGAUGAGGUCCGCUCCAUUAUUGGCAGCAAGGCCAUGGAGCGCUGUGGCAAUCGCAUGUCUUCGCACACUGAGAGCGCCAGUUUCUUGCAAACUUUAACAGGACGGUUGCCCACAAAAAAGCUCUUCCAUGAGGAGUUGGCACUCCAGUGGGUGGUAAGCAGUGGUAGCGUCAGGGAGGGCGCACUACAACAGGCCUGGUUUUUCUUUGAACUCAUGGUGAAGAGCAUUAUCCACCACUUGUACUUCACUGAACGCUUAGAGUCACCCAGGAAGAACCGUUUUCCAGAACGCUUCAUGGAUGACAUUACAGCCCUGGUCAGCACCAUCGCUGGCGACAUUGUGUCUCGCUUCCAGAAGGACCUAGAAUUGGUGGAGAGACUAAACACUAGUCUGGCUUUCUUCCUCAACGAUUUGCUGUCAGUCAUGGACCGAGGCUUUGUCUUCACCCUAAUAAGGGCAUACUGGAAACAGGUGUCCACAAAGAUUUACGCUUUGCAGAACCCAACCUUGGAGUCUUUGAGGCUUGAUUUCUUGAGAAUCGUUUGUAGCCAUGAACACUACGUAACCCUCAAUCUGCCCUGCAGUCUGCUCACCCCGCCUGCCUCGCCUUCCCCGUCUGUCUCUUCAGCAACUUCACAGAGCUCUGGGUUCUCCACACAUGUCCAGGACCAAAAGAUAGCCAACAUGUUUGAGUUGUCUGUCCCCUUCAGAGAGCAACACUAUCUGGCUGGACUGGUGCUAUCUGAGCUGUCCGUAAUACUGGACCCAGAAAAUGAGGGGAUGUUUGGCCUACAUAAGAAAGUGGUGAGUGUCGUUCAUAACCUCCUGUCAAGCCAUGACUCUGACCCACGCUACGCCGAUCCUGAGGUCAAGGCCCGAGUUGCCAUGCUUUACUUGCCUCUAAUUGGCAUUGUCAUGGAAACACUACCACAGCUCCAUGAUUUUACAGAGUCCCAUAACCAGUGGGGUCGGCCAGGCGGUCCCCAGGGGGCAGCGAUGGGUAGCAGCGGAGAAGAGGCAGAGGGUGAGGGUAACAGCAUGAUCAGCCAGACUGUCGCCAUGGCAAUAGCAGGCACCUCCACCGCCUCCCCAAUGUCUCGACCAAGCAGCUUCUUGCUCAACUCGCAGGCGAGUCGUCAGCACGGUAGCUUCUCCGCCGAGUCAAGUCGUAGUCUGCUCAUCUGUCUGCUGUGGGUGUUGAAGAAUGCUGAUGAGCUGGUGUUACAGAAGUGGUUCACAGACCUGUCAGUGUCUCAGCUCAACCGCCUGCUGGAUCUCCUUUACCUCUGCGUGUCUUGCUUUGAGUACAAGGCCCAUGUUGUGUUCACCAUGCAGGGGAAGAAGGCAUUUGAACGAAUGAACAGCCUUACCUUUAAGAAGUCCAAAGACAUGAAGGCCAAGCUGGAGGAGGCCAUACUGGGCAGCAUUGGGGCCAGGCAGGAGAUGGUGCGACGCAGCCGGGGACAGCUAGAGCGGAGUCCAUCUGGCAGUGCUUUUGGCAGUCAGGAGAACCUUAGAUGGAGGAAGGACAUGACCCACUGGAGACAAAACAGUGAAAAGAUGGACAAGACCAGAGCAGAGCUGGAACAUGAAGCACUUAUUGAUGGUAACCUUGCAACAGAAGCCAACAUAAUUAUUCUUGAUACUUUGGAGAUCAUUGUACAGACGGUAUCAGUGACCGAGUCCAAGGAGAGUAUACUGGGUGGCGUUUUAAAGGUGUUGCUCCACAGCAUGGCCUGCAACCAGAGUGCCCUCUACCUCCAGCAUUGUUUUGCCACACAGAGGGCACUGGUGUCUAAAUUUCCUGAACUUCUGUUCGAGGAAGAAACGGAGCAGUGUGCUGAUCUGUGUUUGCGAUUGUUGAGGAGCUGCAGCAGCAGCAUAAGUACCAUCAGGUCCCAUGCCAGCGCCUCCCUCUACCUCCUCAUGAGGCAAAACUUUGAGAUUGGCAACAACUUCGCAAGAGUGAAGAUGCAAGUGACCAUGUCUCUGUCUUCACUGGUGGGAACAUCUCAGAAUUUUAACGAGGAGUUUCUGCGUCGCUCUCUAAAGACCAUCCUCACCUAUGCAGAGGAGGACCUGGAGCUGAGAGAGACCACAUUCCCAGACCAGGUCCAGGACCUUGUGUUUAAUCUGCACAUGAUCCUGUCUGACACAGUCAAGAUGAAGGAGCACCAGGAAGACCCUGAGAUGCUGAUAGAUCUCAUGUACAGGAUUGCAAAGGGUUACCAGACGUCCCCAGACCUGCGGCUGACAUGGCUUCAGAACAUGGCUGGAAAACACUCGGAGAGGAACAACCACGCUGAGGCUGCUCAGUGUCUGGUGCACAGCGCUGCUCUGGUCGCAGAAUACCUGAGCAUGCUGGAGGACCGCAAGUAUCUGCCUGUAGGCUGUGUCACCUUCCAGAAUAUUUCUUCCAACGUGCUAGAGGAAUCUGCAGUCUCUGAUGAUGUGGUGUCACCAGAUGAAGAGGGCAUUUGCUCAGGGAAAUACUUCACUGAGAUUGGCCUUGUGGGGCUCCUGGAGCAGGCUGCUGCCUCUUUCUCCAUGGCGGGCAUGUAUGAGGCAGUAAACGAAGUGUAUAAGGUACUGAUCCCUAUCCAUGAAGCCAACAGGGAUGCAAAGAAGCUAGCCACCAUUCAUGGUAAACUACAGGAAGCCUUUGGCAAAAUUGUGCAUCAGAGUACUGGCUGGGAGGAUGGAAAGAGGAUGUUUGGUACGUACUUCAGAGUCGGAUUUUACGGUUCAAAAUUUGGCGACUUGGACGAACAGGAGUUUGUGUACAAAGAGCCUGCCAUCACGAAGCUUGCGGAAAUCUCUCACAGGCUAGAGGGUUUCUAUGGGGAGCGAUUUGGAGAGGACCAGGUAGAAGUCAUAAAGGACUCCAACCCAGUGGACAAGUGCAAGUUGGACCCAAACAAGGCAUUCAUCCAGAUCACAUAUGUGGAGCCGUACUUUGACACGUACGAGAUGAAAGACCGCAUCACUUACUUUGACAAGAACUACAACUUGCGACGUUUCGUCUACUGCACCCCUUUCACACUGGAUGGGCGGGCCCAUGGGGACCUGCACGAACAGUUCAAACGCAAGACCAUCCUCACCACUUCACACGCUUUCCCUUACAUCAAGACACGCAUAAACAUCAUCCACAAAGAGGAGAUUAUAUCCACACCCAUCGAGGUGGCAAUAGAGGACAUGCAGAAGAAGACUCAGGAGCUGGCCUUUGCCACCCACCAGGACCCUGCUGAUGCAAAGAUGUUACAGAUGGUUCUACAGGGAUCAGUGGGCACAACUGUCAACCAGGGUCCUUUGGAGGUAGCUCAGGUGUUCUUGUCCGAGAUCCCCAGUGACCCGAAGCUGUACAGACACCACAAUAAGCUAAGGCUCUGCUUCAAAGACUUCACAAAGAGGUGUGAAGAUGCCCUGCGAAAGAAUAAGAGCCUGAUUGGUCCAGACCAGAAAGAGUACCAGAGGGAGUUGGAGAGGAAUUAUCACCGGCUGAAAGAGGCGCUGCAGCCCCUCAUCAACAGAAAGAUCCCUCAGCUUUAUAAACCUGUGCUGCAGGUCAACUCGCACAGAGAUUCCUUCAGCAGAAUGAGUCUUCGCAAGCUUGACUUUUAAAGAGGAAGAGAAUACAGGCACGCACACACACACGCACACACACACACACACACGCAUAACAGAAAUUGCAAUAUUAAUUUAUUCUUGAGUGUAAAUAGGAGUUGGUCAGUGUUUCGGAGCGUGUGCUAAAAGACAGGCUAAGGUGUUACAGUUUGGUACGUCAUUCCAGUGUCUUAAUUUGUUUACAGACAAACUUACACAAUGAGAGGGACGAACAAGUGGAUCUUAAAUAUUAAAAAGAUACCUUGGCAUUUAGAAUUUUUCUUUGCUGACCAUUUGUCGUCACACAAGGGAGCAAGUCUUUAUAUUUGUCCCUAUGGUACCAUUAAAAGAGCUAAUAUUAGCCUUUACUUUUGAAACCAACAGAGCGUUCUUCAUAUUCUGUGGCCUGUUAGUUUCCAUCAAGCAGAUUCUGAAAUCCCUUUAGCGGUUAAAGUGCCAAAAAACUUUUUUUUUUUGCCACAUUUUUACAAGUCUGCAGAGAAGAUUUUAAAAAUCAAGGUGUCUAUUUAAUUAUGUACUGUGUCAAAAAUCUGUAUUAAUUUUCAUGUGUGCACUUUUUUUAUCACGGUGUAGCAAUGCAUUUUACAACUUGAAAGUUUAUGUAAUUCAAAAAAAAAAACAUGCAAAAAAUGGUACCAUUAUUUAUCAUGAUGCUUUAUCGUUUUUAGUUGAAAUAAUGUUUUGAAAGUUAGGUACUUCAAACAUACUUGUAUAAUUUUAUGUAGUUUUGUUUUGUUUUAAAUAUUUUACUAAAUAAAUAUUUUAAUGUUCAGUUGG